UGGAGACGGCCAGAAUCCAUCGCGCUUGAGCCGGGGCCUGAUCCUGGGCCGGGGCCGGGGGAUGCGGUCGGUCAGUUAUGUGGAGAGAGUGGCCCUGGACUUCAGUGGAAACCUGUUCACGCAGGCCAUCAGCUUGGGAGACACCGACAACGACGGGUUAAAUGAGCUUGUGGUUGGGGAUACCAAUGGGAAACUGUAUGUGUAUAAGGGUGAUGACUGCAAGCCAUGGCUUACCCGAUCUUGUAUAGGAAUGGUAACUUGUGUUGGUGUAGGAGACAUCUGCAAUAAAGGGAAGAAUUUUGUUGUAGCUGUUGGUGCUGAGGGCUGGUUCCAUAUCUUUGAUCUCAGUGGGAUAGCAACUAAAUCAGAGACUUCCAGUCACCAUGACUUCCUAUUUGGCGAUGAACAGAAAGCAUUUUUUACACAGCACAUCCCUGCUAACACCAAAGUAAUGCUCAUCAGUGAUAUAGAUGGAGAUGGAAAGUGUGAAAUGGUAGUAGGUUACACUGACCGUGUAGUGAGGGCAUUCCGUUGGGAAGAUUCUUCUGAUGGUUCUGGGCAGCUGGUCCUACUAAAAAAGUGGCUUCUGGAAGGACAGGUAGAUAGUCUUACUGUGAAUCCAGGGCCUGAUGGGACCCCCGAACUGAUGGUCUCACAGCCAGGCUGUGGGUAUGCAGUUCUGCUGUGUACCUGGCGAUUGGAUCAAGAGAGGGUACCAGAAAGAGAUCCAUCUGAUGUCUCUAGCAGUGAAGGUCUUAUCCGGGAUGUUGUCCUUCGCCAAACUUCGGGCAGAAUUCACAACAAAAAUGUUUCCACUCACUUAAUUGGUAGCAUCAGUAGAGGCUCCAGUGAUGAUUCAUCCAAGGCUGGCUUAUUUGCUCUUUGCACAUUGGAUGGUACCCUGAAGCUGAUGGAUGGGUCCGACAAACUUUUGUGGUCUGUUCAAGUGGAUCAUCAGCUGUUUGCCUUGGAAAAGUUGGAUGUAACAGGUGAUGGACGAGAGGAAGUAGUGGCCUGUGCUUGGGAUGGUCAAACCUAUAUCAUUGAUCAAAACAGGUCUGUUGUCCGGUUUCAGUUUGAUGAGAAUGUCAGUGCAUUUUGUGCUGGUAUUUAUGCGUGCAAAAAUGGUCGGAAUAGUCCCUGUCUGGUGUAUGUCAGCUUCAAUCACAAAAUCUAUGUCUAUUGGAGGGUGGAGUUAGAGAGAAUGGAAUCUACCAAUAUGUUGAAGAUAUUGGAAACAGAUGAGUUCCACAGCCUGCUACAAGGAACAUCAGUGGAUGUAAAUAACAGCAGUGCUCUCCAAGCCAUGCUACACCAGACACUCUACUUUCCUGACCAACUUUCAGGACAUAUCAACAAGGAGGACAAGGUGCACAAACUAUGUUAGUCUUGACUGUUUGUUCAAUCUUAAACUAUGUGGGGAAAAAUGGCAAUGACUGCAAGUUUUUAUGAUCUGUGUUGGUAAACCAACAAGACUGGCUUCUUAUUUCUCCACGUCGCAAUCCGGAGACCGAUGGAUAAACAGUUGAGAAUAAUUUUAACCAAAGGAGAAGCAUGUUAAUGACUUUGCAACAAGUAAAUAAAAUUAAAUCUUACAUGGAACUUCAGAGUAAUCCAGAUCGAUACUUGCAGAGGGAUAUAAGCCGAAAUUAAUGUUUCUCAUGUUAUAAAUAGAUUCUUAAGUGAAUAAUAUGUUUAAUAGUUUUCUUUCCCAAUUUAAAACAUCUGAGUGCUAUGAAUUGUGUAUGACUGAGCAGUGGUUACGUGACAGGAGAAAGAAAGAAGACUGGCAAAGCAGUUUUAAUGAGCCACAAAGCCUUAGAUGCUUUGCGAAAUAUACUACUGUAUUUCCAGGUCUUGACCUUUUGUAGGAUAUUGCCAACUGUUGGAAUCUUCUAGGAAAAGGUGAGGACCGCAGCUGCUGGAGAUUAGAGUUGAAAGCGUGUCGCACUGGAAAAGCAUAGCCAGUCAGGCAGCAUCUGAGAGUCAACAAGAUUCAGGAAUGUUGGAAUCUUCCAAAAGACAACUUCUGUGUUCAUCAUCCAAAAUAAAAAUGGUGGGUGAGUUCCUUAGGUGGAAUGUCCAGAGCACUGGUCAAAGGAUAGGCCCACUGGCAAAAGUGUUAACUGCCAAGAUUGACAGUUGGAACCCAAUGGUCUCCAAAAUGUGUCCGAGAGAUGUUCCCUGAAACGUGCUGCGAGUUGGCAUCCUGUGUCCCUGAUGUAGAGGAGACCACAUCGAGAGCAGCAGACAUGGUAGAUAAGGUGUUUGGGUGUGCUGGAAAAUCUCUGCCGGAUGUGAAAAGAUCCUUUGGUGCCUUGGAUGGAGGUGAGGCGAGAGGUGUGGCGCAGGUUUUGCAACUCCAGUGGCAAGGGAAGGUGCCGGGUGUGGAGGGUGAGUUGGUGGAGGUGUGGACCUAAUAAUGGAAUCACAGAGGGAAUGGCCUCCUCAGAACACAGAUGGGGUGGUGAGGGAAAUAUAUCUUUGGUGGUGGGGUCUGAUAGCAGGUGGCUUAAAUGGUGAAGGAUAAUGCACUGUAUCUGGAGAUUGGGGUGGAAGGUGAGGAACAGGAGAGUUCUAUCCUUUUUGCGAUUGGAAGGGGUGGGUUUCAAGGGCGGAGGUGCGGGAGAUGGAGGAGAUGUGCUGGAAGAUGUGGUUGAUCAUGUGGGAGGGGAAAUUGCGAUCCUUGAAGUCGGAGCCUGUCUGGGAUGUCCAGGAGUGGAAUUGCUCCCCAUGGGAGCAGGUACGAUGGAGGAAUUGAGUUUGAGGGAUCGUGUUUUUAUUGGUGGGGUGAAGGGGAGUGCAGGGUGUAAUCAAGGUAGCUAUGGGAGUCGGUGGGUUUCAGUCCAGUCUACUGCAGUCGCUGCUCAUAAUGUGGAUCUCCUUAACGUUAGCUUUGUGGAAUAGCUCUGUUCUGUCUGUAGGAAUCCCCAAUCUCCAAGUUGCUUGUCACUUCAAAAAAACCACUUUACUCUUAUGCUAAUAUUUCUGUCCAAUGGAGCACAGUACAAGCUCGCGAAACAACAUCUCAUUUUCCAUUUAGGCAUUCUACAGCAUUGUUUUUUCAACAUUGAAUUCAAUAACUUCAGAAACUGACUGCAUUAUAUCUGGCCUCCAUUUUUCUUACAUUCUGUGGCCCCCUUCCUAACUUCCCCCACAAUUGUGACAUGUUUGUGUCUUGUUCAUUUUGCACUCAGUAGAAAGAACCAAUUUUCCUCUUUUCCCACCUUAAUUUACAUGCUUUUCUCAUCUUUUAUUUCCUUUCUCCACCAUUCACAGCCCAUUUAUCUUUUGUAGUGGACCUCUAUACCAUUUGUCUUCUUGUUCCUCUUCUGCCUCUACCAGAAGUAUAAAAAGAAAACCUAUUUUCCAGCACAUUUCAAUUCUGAAGAGUCAUGACAGACUUGAAACAUUAACUUUGUACCUUUCUCCACAGACCUGCUGAGUGUCUCUAGCAAUCUGUUUUGACUUUUUGUUAUCUUUGUAAUAUUUAGUGAUGCAUUCUUAGAUUUGUUUUUCUCUGCUGUUUCCUACUAUUUUCUGACACCCGUUUUCCUGUUCUACUUUUCUGCCUUAACUUCCUUUUACUCUUUAAAGUACCACUUCUUUGCCUAAAUGAUUCUUUGCCCCAGUAUUUCUUUUGAAAACCUCUAUUUCUCUAAAUGGCAACUUUUCAACAACACUGGCAUGAUUGAGCCGUGCACCGUCCCAUCUGUACAGCGCCCAUUUCCUUCCCCUACUGGUGCCUGUGACCCACAAAGUGGAACCCUUUUCUUUGAGGGUCUGAUUUUGAAUUUAGUACCUGGCUUCUCAUACUCUAUACGCAGAACCUCUUUCCACGUUCUACCUUUGUUCUUGAUACAUAAAAGGGCCUCCCACUGUAAUUCUUUUUCAGCCCCCAUGAUGUCCUGAACCCUGGCAGCAGGCAGACUGGAGUCUAGCUCUUUGUUGCGGGGAACAAUGUCAAUGUCCUCACUAUGCUAUAAGGUACAACUGCUACUCCCUUCCUUGUCGCUCCCUCAAUUUGAAUGUAUGCGCUGUUAUCAUUCAAACAUGUUGAGAGAGAACCUCAAACCUAAUGAACAACUGCAGAGGCUGAGGCUUCUGCAAUUCUACGCUGUGUGUGUCCCUUUACUGGCCUCACUCAAGUUUGCAUUCCCCUGUCUAUGAUCAAAUUAGAAGAUCCUGAUUUAACUGGUGUGACUACUUCUCUUAACGAAUCCAGACAACAUUUUCCUUAUUUCAUUAACUGCAAUGCCUGUAGUUCAGCCACCAGUUAAUAAACUCUGAGCCAAGACUGCUUGAAAUUCAAACACUUACUGCAAAUGUGUUUACCCUGGAACACAGGAUUUGCCUGGAACACACCAUGCUGCAGGUUUGCACAUCAUCUGAACUGCCAUCCUUAAAUGAGUUUAAAAUUAUUUAAUAUUAUUCACUCAAUUAUUUGUUUUAUCAACUUUAGCCACCAACUCUUUUAAUUAAGUUAAAAUGUCAGAAUAGAAGAGUUCUUAAACACUUAUCAAAGAUUCACCAGACAUAUGGCCCCUUUCUUUGUAGCAGAGAAAGAACCAAUUCCAAUCAGCUCUAGUGAAUCCAGAUCUAUUUCUGUCACAGCUCCUUUACUUGCAUGCUCCUUAGGUGAUGCUGACUGCGUCCUUGGGGUUUUCGCCUUGCCUGCUCUUUACAGUCAUACUCACGGCCUGCUCUUAGAGUCCUCACUACACCUGCUCCUCUGCAUGAUGCUGACUGCCUAUCUUGGAGUCUUCAUCUCUCUCCUCUCAAAAGAAAUAUAAUGGAAUAAUUUAGCUUACAUAAAGUUAAGCUGAAAUUUUUAAAGUGUACUGAAAUAACAAAACAAAGCAGCGCAAGUUGCACCGAUUGUAACAAGAUUUUGGGAUAGAAGACAGAAGAAAACAACUCUACAUGAAAGAGCAAUCAAGAAUGGAUAGCAGAGACAAGAGAAUUCAUCUAAGAGACAAAUUACGUAAGGAAAGAAAUACACAUUUUUCUUUUUUGCCAUGGAUGAGCUAAGAUGGGCCAAACACUUCAGUAUUCUGCCAUUAUUACACAUUUCCAACUUGUGUUUGGUCUGAACCAAUCUCAUUACAGUAUCAGUAUAUCCAUUGGGAGAACAAUCAACCAUUGAAAAUAGUAUUUGAGACUAUGCAAAGUGGAGAAUUUCCAUUAGUGAGGGAAUGGAACAAUGUCUGCAAAGGAGAAAAAUUAUUAGAAACAUAGAAAUGGAAACAUGAGCAGCCCUUCAAACCUGCUGCACCAUUCAAUAUCAUCUUGGUUGAUCGUUCAAUUCAGUACCUUGUUCCUACUUUCUCUCCGAAUCCUUUCAUCCCUUUUUCCAUAAUAACUCAUACAUAUAUAUAAAAUUCUUAGAAACAUUCAAUUUUCUACCCUUACCUGCUUUCUGUGAUAGAGCAUUCCACAGGCUCACCGCUCUCUGGUGAAGAAAUUUCUCCUCAGCCCUAAACGGCCUAAACCAAAUCCUUAAAAUAUGUCUCUUGGUUCUAGACUCCUUAGUCAUCAGGAACAUCCUAUAUCUCCUCUGUCUAGUCCUGUUAGAAUUCUAAAGGUUUCUAUGAAGUUCUAUGAGAAGUAAGGCUGCUAGAAAAAGAUGGUUUAAUCUUCAGAUAGAUGAUUUUUCUAAAUGUGGACCUGAGGAGAAACUUAUCACUUGAAGUAUAGAUGUAACCUUAACCCUAACACACAGAAUUGCUGGACAAAUUACUCAGAUGAAUCUCAAUCCGAACAUUCUCAAACUAAAACAGCCGCCGUUUCUGUAUCCGAUGGCGCAGCAGACCUACUCUCUUCUACUCUGUAUGUUUAUAUAACGGGGGAAAGAAAUGAAAAUGCUAAUCUGUAAUAUUACAUAAAAUAAAAUUUAAAGAAUAAAUCAAACUGAAACCUGUAUUUGGUAAAUGGAAUGAGGUGGACCAAAGGAUCAUUUUCUGUGCUGUAUGACUCUGACUCAAUGAUGUCAAUAAAUUCGGUUGCUUUGUCCUGA